AUGAGAGAGACGGAAGUCAACAGUGAUUUCACCGCUCCGGCAACUAGCACCGCGAGACCAAGUCUUAUAUACCAGAGUCCAAAUUACUAUACACUGUGGAAGACAACUACUCAAGCUCUUUGUGGACAGCUUGACAUGAAGUCAAGUGUUGAAGAAUUGCUGCAGGGCGUGAACCUCAAACCAUCGGCCUCUGAGGAGGUAUACUUUACCCAGAUUGAAGGUGAUAUGUGUAAUGACAAGGACAAUAAGAUGAGCACAGACGAGAUGACUAAGUCUGAAAUUGUUCCUGACGCGGAAGCGCAAGAUGAAGACAAACAAAUGGAAAAAAUUAAAGUUGACUCAGGUGAAAAUCAAGCUGCAAAGAAGAACCAAAUGAUAUCAAGUGAGGAUGUGAAGCCUGACGUGAAGCCUUGCAGUACAGAACUCGAACAAGAACACAGCAAAGAAGCAGAAAACAUACUGAGAUCACUACGCAUUCUUAUUUUUACUCAACAUCCACCUAACGAGAAGACAACAAUGAAAUGCUUUGGAAAUUUUGAGAACUGUAUCGCAAUCAACAGCUUUUCUAAAAAUAAAGAGAUAUUCCACAUUACUAACGCGCUGGUAAUUAUGGGAACAUUAGCUGAUAUUUAUGGAUCAUUUGGUCAGAUUGGCAUUAGCUUGCUCACUACAGUUGUAUUUGAUGACCUCGUCAAUAAUGACGAAUGGCAAGAAACACUCUCAGCUGUCGCACGCAGAAUAGAAGAAAAAUAA